UCCUUUAGGGGUAGGGAACUCGCUCCUUCCUCCCUUCCUCACCUGCUUCUAAUACGUUCCGUGUGCUUCUUCGUAACCCUAGUUAAUAAUUUCCCAAAACUCCCCGUCCCUUUCCCCCAAAUUCCUUGACGGGGAAUUCUCUUGCGGCGAUUGAUCCUUAGAUCAUUUAGUCUUAUCGAUCCUCUCUGAGGGAUCACCACUUCAUGGCGAAGAGUUCCUUCAAGCUCGAGCAUCCUCUCGAAAGGAGGCAGGCAGAAGCUGCUCGUAUCCGAGAGAAGUAUCCAGACAGAAUUCCUGUGAUUGUUGAAAAGGCUGAAAGGAGUGACAUACCAGACAUUGAUAAGAAGAAGUACUUGGUUCCUGCAGAUUUAACUGUUGGGCAGUUUGUCUAUGUUGUUCGGAAGAGGAUUAAGCUCAGCGCAGAGAAAGCCAUCUUCAUUUUUGUCAGGAACACUUUACCUCCCACAGCUGCUAUGAUGUCUGCGAUCUACGAGGAAAACAAAGAUGAAGAUGGUUUUCUUUACAUGACAUACAGUGGCGAGAACACAUUUGGAUCCUCCUAAGGCAAUGAAACAUUUCUUUGUAGAUAAAAAGACCUUGAAAAAAAAAGGUGUAUAUUCUUCCAUUUGUCUCCCCAAGUUCUGCCCAUUAGCUGUCGAUGCUUAAACACAGUGCUGUUUACAUUUUAAAAGUUCUGGACAUAUGAAUUUAAUACUACAACUGUUCAUGGUGAUCUCAAAAUGAUAAAUAGCUGGCAGUGUUUCGUUGUAGUGGUUGUAGUGGUUGUACGAGAAAAUUAUUUUAAAGCUUAUUUGAAAGCUUUAAGAUAAGUCUGAUUCUUAUUUUAAAGCUUGUCCAGGUUGGGCACAGUGUGAA